AUUGUGGAAAUAUGAAGUGACGUGUUUGCUUUGUUGUUGUGACAGAAAAGUGGUGGACAGAGGAAUUUUCUUGAAUAUUGCAACUUUUCUGAAAAAUUCUUACAAUAAAUAAAGUUAAAUUUAUUUGAUGGCAAAGACUGAAGGAUAAAAAGUGUGAAUCAAUUGCAGAUUUCGAAAAAAUCUUGAACAAUGGUCAAGCAAAAGCGUAUUGUCUAUAUACUCACGCUUGCGAUUUGUGCUUUAUUGUGCAGUGUGAUUGCAGACACAAGUGAUACCAAUGGCAUCGAGAAAUCAGCAAUCAAUAACAGCUCAGUAAAUAAUACAAUAUCUUCAGUCGAAUCAGUCUCCGUUCAAAAUACAUCAUCCAGUCAGAAUGCAGCUGGUAGCAAUGGCGCACAAAGUAUCUCCACUACAGACGUGCAGAAUGCUAUGAAAAUAAAUACUACAACUAACCAACUAAAUAUUCCAACUACAAAUGCAACUAAGGAUCCAGUAAUAGAUGGUACAAAUGCUACCAAGGAAAUUCAAACAAACAAGACAACCACUGCAUCAGUAACUUCUGCAAAUGUUACGCAAAAUGUGACAAUACCUACCGCUGAUCCGCCACUACCAGAUCAGCAUGCUGUUGAGCAAGAACAUAAUUCUUCUUUGUCCAUUUUCUUCGUAAUCUGCGUUAUAAUGCUUGGAAUUUUGCUGAUACAUUCAAUGCUGCAGACGGGAUUCCAAUAUUUACCGGAAAGUAUUGUUGUAGUGUUUCUGGGCGCACUUAUUGGACUUUUACUCAAGGUUAUGUCGGGCGAAAAUGCUAGCUGGCAGCGCGAAGAAGUUUUUUCCCCAACAGGAUUCUUUCUGGUUCUACUACCGCCGAUCAUAUUUGAAUCUGGCUAUAAUUUGCAUAAGGGCAACUUUUUCCAAAAUAUUGGCUCCAUAUUAGUAUUCGCAAUAUUUGGCACAACAAUCUCGGCAUUGGUUAUAGGAGCUGGUUGUUAUCUGCUAGGAGUAGCAGAGGUCGCAUAUAGGCUGGACUUUUCCGAAUCAUUCGCCUUCGGCUCGUUGAUAUCAGCGGUGGACCCAGUAGCAACUGUUGCCAUAUUUCACGCCUUGGACGUAGAUCCAAUACUAAACAUGUUGGUGUUUGGUGAAAGCAUUUUGAAUGACGCCAUCUCUAUUGUACUGACCACCUCAAUUACACAGUCGGCUAACACACCCGCGAAUACGCAAGCAACAACUGGUCAGGCAAUCUUUGCAGCGCUUAAAACGUUUUGCGAAAUGUUCUUCGCUUCUGCCGGCAUCGGUGUAAUUUUCGCGCUCAUAUCGGCUCUACUAUUAAAACAUGUGGAUCUGCGCAAACACCCAUCACUGGAAUUCGCUAUGAUGUUGAUGUUCACCUAUGCGCCCUAUGUAUUAGCGGAGGGCAUACAUCUGAGCGGAAUUAUGGCCAUACUAUUUUGCGGCAUUGUCAUGUCUCACUACACACAUUUCAAUCUUUCCACCGUCACACAGAUAACAAUGCAACAAACAAUGCGUACGCUGUCUUUCAUCGCUGAGACCUGCGUUUUCGCAUACCUGGGUUUAGCAAUAUUCUCUUUCAAACAUCAAGUAGAGCUAUCCUUUGUGAUUUGGUCGAUUGUGUUGUGCUUAAUAGGACGAGCAUGUAACAUAUUUCCAUUAGCAUUUCUAGUUAACAAAUUUCGGGAGCAUAAAAUCACCAACAAAAUGCAGUUCAUCAUGUGGUUCUCCGGCUUACGCGGUGCCAUUUCAUAUGCGCUCUCCUUACAUCUGGAUCUGCCAAACGACGAGACGCGCCGUGUGCUCAUCACCACGACACUAAUAAUUGUGCUCUUCACAACACUGUUCUUCGGUGGAUCCACCAUGCCGUUACUAAAAUAUCUCAAACCUGGCAAAAAACGUCGCUCACGCUCCGGACGUAACGCAAAUUCUGCAACUGUAGCACGAAGAAGCGCCUCGCGUUCACGAAAACGUUCCAAAUCGAUUUCCUUAUCGAAGACACGUGAAUGGGGACAAGCUAUUGAUUCAGAGCACUUGUCCGAGUUGACCGAGGAAGAAGAUGUGUCAUUCGCUCAAACGCGCGUCGGUGGAUUCGGUCGCAUGGACCGCAAAUUCUUCAUACCAUUCUUUACACGUCGCUUCAACAGCCAAGAACUACAUGAGUGCAAAUCACAAAUGGCUGAUUUGACCAACAAAUGGUAUCAAGCGAUACGCAUCAGUCCACUGGAUUCGGACGAAUCGGACGAGGAACUCGGCAUGUCGGCGAGCACGAGUCAGAGCACAUUGAGUGCGCCUCGCACCUAGGUCCUACGAUAGCAAAGCACAUGUGAACUUAUGUGCAUAGUGCCGUUAAUAUGGGAGAAGUCAGGAAAUUACACAUACAUAUUUGCCAAAUGAAAGCUGGGAUUUUUCGUCUAGCUCAAUGUCAAAGAGCUAGUAAUUUAGGAGUCUGAGGAUAAUAUUUCAUUUCUUAUACAAUUUAUUAAAUAACUGUUGAUUUUGCAUGCAGAGCUUUUUGAAGGCUCAAACGAAAGGUGGCGGGUUUAAAAAUUGGCUAAGAUUAUUUUUUCUGUUACUGAUUUUAUUUACAAACAUACAUAUUUGUAUAAUAUGAGUGAGCUGUGCUAAGCAUAACAAAUUUUCGCUUUCCAAACGCUAACUUAAACUAAACUUAAGUUAUAAACUUUCCAGUAUUUUUAUGUCGCAAUUAGCGUAUCCAUUUGCUUUAACCUAAUAAUCAAAUGCUUCAAGCUAACAGGCCUGUUCCUGACUAAACUGUACGCAGAAUUGUAUUUAAGCUUGAAUGCAGCCAUGUUCAAACUUAAAAACGUGCCCUUAUUUAAGUGAAUGUUCCGAAUCUGUGUCAUUCGUCGCAUAUUUUUCGUGCACUAAUUUUUUAAGCGCAAAGUUCUCACCAAAGAACACUAGUAAUGUAAUUAUAUACAAAAGUGAAUGUAUUUAAAAUGUUUUUAACAAUAACAUGUGUAUAUAUAUUUUGUGAUUUUUUGCAACUCAAGUGAAUCGAAAACCAAAAAGUGCAGUCUAAUACAUUAAAUGCAUAUUGUAAAUGACUAAUCAACCAUAGCGAGAAUUAAGAGCAAAUAAAUGUGAUAAACACUA